UCGAGAGCAUCAUCGGGAAUCCAGAUAACGUGACUGUACGUUCGUUGAAGUUGCCACGAUCUACCAGUUCGCGUUCGAAGAACCAGAGAAGAAUUUAUCAGCAUCGAGAGGAAUCAUUUCGAGAUGAAAACGUUUUAAGUGUUCCAAUAAGAACUCAUCGGAUUCCUCGGAUCCGUUGAUCGGCGACGUGACGAAGACAGAUGAGAAGAAAAACUUCCCGGGGAUGACUGUCCGACAAGAAAGCAACCGGAAAGAGCGUGAGGAAGCAUCUAACAGAGCGAGGGAACACGCGGUGAUAGAUGUCAUCGGAUUGCCAGUGGCGAACGACGAGGACUGGCUCGAGUCGGCUAAAUCUAAUUUGUCGUUAGAGAAUAAUGAAAAAGGAAGAGGAGAUGUUUCCGAAGGGAACUUGGUUCAACGAAUUCCACAGGACGCUGAAUAUGUACUGAAAAAAUCACACAAAGGCGCAUUGAUUAAAAAACACACAAACUCGAAAACAACAAAAGUGUCGAAAAACUCCUUCGAUAUCAAAAGCACGUCUCGAAUCCAGAAGACGAGAAAAGUAAGAGAAGAGAACGAAAGUUGCCACUCUUCAGAGAAAUAUAAAAUGUCUAAUCAUAACAACCAUGAACAUAACUUCAAGAGAAGAAAGAAAAGAACAAAAAUAACGAAUUCGAAAUCAGCCGGCAAUCACAAUACCACAGGAAGUCGUAAGGAAGACAAAGCUUUGAGACUACUUGAUGGAAAACAAAUGUGUGGACUUCGGAAACGGAUUGUUGAACUACGACUGCAGCAAGAACGAGAAGACCUCCAAAAAUAUCUACACGAAUUGAAGGACUUAAAACUAGAACCGGGUUCUACUCGAAGCUAUUUCAAGCCUUUGGAAUUCCCAAAGAUUGCAGACUUUACGCAGCCUGAUAUAAACGACUUGGAAUCGAAGCCGAACGAUCAGUUUCGGGAUAGAGUUUUCGCGAUUAGACGUUGGUUGAAAGAUCAAUACGUCUUGUAUCGCGACUACUGUACUAUGGCGCAAGCGAUCAAUGCCCACUACGUUCCCACAACAUUGGACGAUGCCAAAAAGACGAUACGCGAGCUGCGGAAAACGACGAUUAAAACCAGGUGACGUCGAUGCGCCCACCUGAACCGUAUAGAUACACACUACACGCGACUCGUCGAAGCUGUCCUAUGAUGUAGCGCGUCGGAUUUGGAUGCUUUGAAAUAGUGAAAUUGCACACUACGAGUGUAGCUCGAUAGAUUCAUUAUAAUUCACCGGCC